GAAGCCAUAAUCGGUUCGAGUCAUCAAUUCAGGAGCUCAUCUCACCCGCAACAAGCUGAUUUCAGAACCUUUUCACCAGAUUGAAGCUAAACUAGUCAAGAUGAUGAUCAAAGUAGCUCUUGUGCUCUGUGCUAUUGUGGCAACCAGUAUGGUGUGCGCUAAGGAUUUUGAAGAGCAAGAUGCAUUAGACACUUUGCUGAAUAUGAUGCUCUCAGAGGAGGUUGCAUCUCCUGAUGACGCUGUAGCCUUGCAAGGCUGGGGCAGCAAAUUUAAGAAGGCGUUUCAUAAAGUCAGUCAUGCAGUUAAGAAAGUCGCCCACGUUGGACAGCGUGUGUGCAGCGGGGUCGGUCUUUCUCCAGAAGAAGCUCGCGUUAAAAUUCUGACUGCGUUCCCAGAGAUGAAAGAAGAGGAUCUCAGCGAAGAGAGUGUUGCAGCAUACUGCGCUGGUGCACAUGCCUUUGGCCGUUAGACUCGGAAGGGAUCGUGAUACAACAUUUGGAACGCUUGAUGUUGAUUCUUCCUCGAGAAAAAAUGAAAUAUAAGCAAGAAAUUGUCAACUUCCAUCAUGUUUUUGCAAUUUCCUUAUAUUAAUUAGAAUCUUCUUUAUCACUCCUGUAUUGUUCAAAUCCUUAAACCUUGGUUUCCUUCUAAAAUCGUGAGUGAGUGGUUUUCAUUAUCAAUACAUAUUUUGCCUUUACCUCCAUGUAUCCAUUCAUUAUACAUCUUUCCACGGUGUUUACAAAUAUGUAGGGUUAAAAGUACACCAACCUUUAAAAUCUAGCAUAAUACUACAUCUUUUCAUCAAAAGCUUGAAAUUAAAAACGUUCUCUCUGUCUUGCUCUUUUUUUUCCUAAAGAAAAGUAACAACAACAAGACAUUGUAAGCAUGGUAUAAGGGAAAUAACUAAUAGUAUUGGUAAUAAUGCUGAUAAUAAAAUCACAUGAACUUGCAUACCAUA